AUUCGAGUUGUUAUUUACAUCGUGACAUCAUGGCGUCUUGACUACAUGGAUGCUGGUGAAAUAAACAGCAUCCUAAACUUUCAAAAACAGUGACAAUGGCAUAUAAAAUGGAAAAUGAAGAUCGGGUAAGGGAUGAAGCUAAUUCAUUGCCGGAUGAUUUGGAGGAAUUUCUUGGUUUAGCCGACAAUAAUGUUGACGAUGCUACAGAGGAAACUUUUGACUUUGACAAGGAAUUCGAAGAGACUACAAAUGAAAGUUUUGACUUAGUGGAUGAUGAUUUUUCUGUGAAUAAUGCAUCUGGAGUCAAUAACUUGACUGAAAGUGCAUUUCAGCUGAAACCUGAAAAAUCAGGUGGUCUCAGAAAAAAAGGAGGUUUUAAAUUUGGAGAAGGAAAACAGACAUCCAAAGCUGGAGAAGGAAAACAGACAUCCAAAGCAUUUUCACUCUUUGGUGAAAGUGAAAAUACUGAAAGUUUAAACAAGGAUUUAUUAUUGCCCACUGAGGGUCGGCAACAGAAGCAAAAGACACCGAGAAACCAAAUCCAGGUGUUUCCAGUUACCUUGGAUAACAAGAAACUUGUGGAAGAAAAUGUAAUCGACCACUUCAGCUUGUCAUUUGCCCUGGAUGCUUUCAGACUGGACAUUAAAUACUAUAUAAAUAGUCUGUCACUGACAGGAGUGGAACAGGUCACAGACAUGUUUUUCCUUACCUUAAAGAUCCAACACAUUGAGCUACCUAAAAUUAAGAGCUUCUCAGUGACAGGGUGUCCAUUCAUCACAGACCAAGGCAUCGAAUGGCUGUCUGAGAGUAGAGACAUCAGACUACAGGAAAUUUCAUUCAUGGGGUGUAAAAACUUGACACACAAAAGUUUACACACUCUUCUCAAUAUGGUUCCUGUACCUACAUCGAUAGACAUGUCUUUUACAGCUGUUUCCUCUGUUCAAAUGAUGCCAUCAUCAAUAACUACACUUAAACUUGAUGGCUGUCCCAUGAUAUCCCCACCAGCGACCAUGCUGAAAACUAAUGAUCUGGAGGACAUUAUGAAGGACAAAGUUUUGACUCCUUAUGAAAACUACAAGUUGGUAGUCGUGCACAAUCCAAGUGAUGUCAACAAAACUGGAUUUUUUUCAAAAAAGCUACUGGACUUGAGUAAUCCAAUUUGUGUGGAGAAAGGCUGGCACCUGGAACAGACUAGCAGCCCCCAGUACAAUGUGUAUGAGUGUGUCGAUGGCACUGGCUGUGAGAACUUGGUGCUGAGUAACGGCUGUGUUGUUGUACUGCCAUUCUCCAACACUGAUGAUGUUACAGCAAAGAAAAUAGCAACACAGAUCAUAUCCAUCAUUGGCCAGUGUCGUGAUAAUCUAUUUAUUUUGGGCGGACUUUCCAAUGUCAAGGAAGAUUUACUAAAAAUAAUGUUGGACAAAGUCAACGAAACCCUAAGAGGCUGGGCUGAUCUGCUGGAUGGAGCAAUAUAUUACAAAAAUAAGGAAGAUGAGCAGUUAUUAAAGGAACACAAGUUUGAUGACCAGGUACAGACGGGAUUAGGUCACACACUUCUCGACAAUCUCAACUCAGUUCUGAAAAACAAAGAUCUUCUCAGAGCUGUCAGCUUGGCAAAUGAUCCAAAGCAUUCCUUCCUCAAGUCAACCCAGAAAACUAUGAGAAAGUUAUUCCCGUGGAACAAUUUUGGGUUUUUUACGGAAACCUUGAAGGCAUUCGAAGCUCUAACAACCAGACCUCAUCCAAUCGCAUCACUAGCUGACAUUACAAAAACUUGUCCUCCCGCUCUGCUCAAAGAGUUUGAUUCCCAGUCAGGUUGCCGUGAAAUCAGUAAGAUUCUGGACAUUCUACAUGAACGAGGUUGCUGUUUGUACUUCCCCGCCAUUGACAGGAAGCCAGCUUUCUGUGACCUCAGCAGGCUGACCUCACUUAUCAGCCUGGGGGGUCAGGCUUCUCAGCGUGAGCACAUUCCCGGUGUCGGGACAGACAUACCCUGUUGGAGGAUGGAUGACUUCAAAAUUCUUUUUAAUGGCAAAAGUGGUCAGAUCAACCUAUUCCUGGACGUUCUGACAGAACAGGGUUUGGUGUUCAGGUUCCCAUGUUCUCUCAAAAAUCCAAAGUUAACAGACGCCCUUGUUUAUGUGAUGUCUGCAGACCUCCCAAAAGAUCCAGACAUACCAGUGGAUGAGGUUUGGCCAGCAGCCGUACCAGAUGGAGACCUACAGAGAGACACCUACUAUACCUGUCCUUCACUUCCUCCAUGGUUGUUCCCCUGCUUCAUCAGAAAGCUACAAGAGACCUCCAAGAUGGUGUUGAUGUGGAAGUCGGGCCUAGUCCUCCAUCAGGGCCCUGUCAUGGUGUUGGUGGAACUCCUUACAAAUGAAAUUAACCAAGAUCUGCCUUGCAUUGUAAUCAGUGCCAGAGUGCAAAUGGCUGCCAUGUCUGAUACCCUCCAUGUGACCUUCACCAAUGUCAAGACGAUCCUUUCCGGAAUAUUGAAUUCCAGAAAUGUGUUCGCUGUGAAAACGCUUUGCUGUAAGGUGUGUAACCCGACCAGGAACAGGAGACGGGCCCUGAGUGCUCAACACAACUGUUGUCAUGUCACAGAAAUGAAAUUCAAGCAUUUGACAAAAAGAGAUGUUGUUAUGUGCAAGAAAAGAAAUGCUGAUGUUUUAAUGACCAAGGAGGAGUUUGUUGGCCCAGAUUACAAACCAUAUGAUCAUGUCCCAAACCAUGUUGUUUUAAGCAACAUUGUAACAGCAACCAACAGUGAAAACAUGGACAAAUCUCUACGAUGUCAUCUUUGUAACAACUGUGGACAGAAUGGAAUGAGUUGUCACGGCAACUUGGAAUCUGGUAUAACUUCAAAACACUGUAGCUGUCACCACGAGUUAAGUCUAUGUUCCUACUGCGGAGUGUGUGGUCACUGUACACGGGUUCUGGCGAAAAACCUUUAA